AUGAAGCUGUUAUUAUUCCUCUUAAUUAUUCUUUUACAUGUUUACUUGACGGUUGUGUGGAAAGCUCCUUUCCAUGCCUUUGUUGCUCAACCAGUGUUCACUCCACUCGAAAUGGUCUACAAGAAUUACCUUGUGGGAAAUGUCAUUCAGAAUAGGGACUUCACUCUUUCUCAGAGUAAUAUUCCAAAUUCGAGUCCAGUUCAAAAAUUCAAUUCCAUCUACUCUGGUUCGACCAUUCAAGUCAUUACGAUGGGUGGAGCAGUGAGUGUUAAUGCAGUGAAGUUGGUUGGUGUCAACAAUGGUUUGAGUCAAAGCAUCACUUUGAAUCAAUCCUCUCGAAAAGUCAUUUUCUAUUCAGCAUGGGGUAAGGCAGAAAAUGUUGGAGGUGUGAGUGAUCCCAAUUAUUCCUUCUAUUUGGAUGUGCAUUUUACAUGGAUGGAACUGCCUUAUAUGGUCAGUCGUUGA